AUUCCAAAAUCGCUCUAGCCCUUUUAAAGAAAUAUCCGUCUCGUGUCUUCUCAUUACUUCUAGGUUCUCGCUGCUAAUUAUAUUUUAGCUCUUGUUGCAGAUCCUAGCGGCAAAUUGUGAGGUGGGCAAUAACGUCUAGCGGCUUUGAGACCACAUUUUAUAGGAACUGUCCGCUCUUGUCAUUGCAAUCUCCUAACAACAGCAUGGGUGCUGAAGCGAGCAAGGCGAGUCCCAAGUCGAUGCAACGGACGCACAUGAUGGUCGAGGAAAACCGAGUUAUGCUCUUCAGUAAAUCGUUCGACCCCUAUUCCAUGAAAGUCAAGAGUGUGCUUCACGGCCUCGGCGUGCGACCCAGUGUCUGCGAACUCGAUAAAGAGUUCGACGGCGAGGAACUGGAGGACGCUGUAGCGAGUAUGACUGGAACACACACGAUACCCAGCUUAUUCAUCAACGGGCGCUUCAUUGGUGGCGUCGAUGAUGUGCUCAGCAUGCACUAUAACAGGGACCUCGUUCCUAUCCUCCAAGAGGCAGGUGCAAUCGCUUAUUGAAAACCUGAUGCUUCUCUGUAUAGAUAUGAGGGGUAGAGUUUUGGGGAGGGUAGACUGAUCGUUACUGUACCAGCAGCGGUUUCAACAUACGUCUCCUUACGCAUCAAGGACAGUAGUGGCAUCCGCAUCAAGGGUUUAUAGCAUCAACAGGUUGCGUUGCAUAUAGAAAUGAAGUUGAUGAGAACAAGGAAGCUCGCAUGUGCUUUGCAUGUUUUUCUAUUUCUAUAUGCAUUUGUACAGAGCUGA